AUGAAGAGAUUUCUGGUGGCUGCUAUCCCGUUUCGUGCAAUGGAUCCUGACAACAAGAAUCCUUCCGAAAUGCUCUACGUUCGAUUCAGCCGGCCAAUUCCCGGUCGAAACACCUCCUGGGCUCUGAGAACCGACUUUAUACACCAGCUCACUGAAAGCAUUCCGUCUGAGGUACGUUUAGCUGAAAUGUUCGAUACGAAGUGGCGGAAACGUAUCAUAGGGAGGACGUCAGUGGAGGCUCAGGCGGUGAAAAUCACAGAAGAGGGGCUCAAUUUUUCUGGAUAUCGCUUGGUGGUAAUGAACUGA